UUUAUUGCAUAGAAAUAAAAAUUGAAACAUAAUUACAAGGUUGAUUUUCAGAAAUUUUAUAUUUAUCGUUGGCAUUUGGUAUAUUUAAAGUUAUAGUCUGAUAUUUUAAUUUUUGCUUGUGCAAAAUGUAUAGAGAAAAUUAAUUAUAAUAAAUAGUAAAAACUACUAAACUCUUUCUUAAUUACAGUGUUAUGACUCUUUUUUUCCAUAUAUUAAAUGAUGAUAUUUCCUUUAACAUGUUAAAAUGUUCGGGAAAAAGUCAUGUUUCCACUCCCACUAUUUCUAAUCUUUUUAAAAUUUUAUUUGGUUUAUGAAAUGAUCAUUUUAGGAGAGAUCAAAAUAGCCAUUUUAUCCGCACAAGAAUAGGUAAAAAAGUUAUUAGAUAAAAAUACUCUUAAUUAAUUUUAAAAAUUAUUAUCUUAUAUAACACAAAAUUUAUUUAUUUUUCAUAUUUUCUUUCUCUUUCUCUCUCUAAAUUUCUUCCACCACCAUAGAAUAUAGUCUAAAACAUAUUCUCCCUAAAUAUAAAAAAAUUUAAACAAAACAACCACAAUAUAACAGACAAGAUACAUGAAUUGCCAAUAGGAUGAAAAUAUAAAAAGUAAAGGAAAAAGAAGAAAAUAUGAAAUGGUACGAAGACAGGUGAAAAGUGGGCACAUGGAAGGAAAUGGGUUGGAGUUAAAAGGAUUGAAAAUUGAAGGCUGACAUUGACUUGUGUCGGUCGGUCAUCCCCAAGGAGGAGCUGGAAACCCCUUUACCUGUUGAGUUGAUUAUCAGAAACAGAUAGCAAAGGCCCCAUUAACAACAGGGAUUUGUGAGGUGGAUACAUCUCUUGGCAGAUUCGAAACACGUAGCUAGAGCCCUCAGAAUUGGCAUCGACGUCUCUUGAGCCAGAUUACACACCCACAAAAAUUUUCAGGGUCCCAAGAAAUAAAACAAAAUUGAAGGGUCCCCAGUUGUCUUGUGAAGUUCAACGAAAACGAAAUAUAUCUAUAUCGCUAUUGGCCAUUUCAUGAAUGAGUUUUCAAAAGCCAAAGGCGAUGAAAUAUUUGCAAUAAUUUAGCCGAUAUAGGUAGGUAGAGAAAGUACUCGAGCUACACAAACUGCAUUUAAAGUUUUUUUUUUCAAAGGGUAGUUCGUCGUUAAAGGUCUGUGGGUCCACGGCGGCCUUUGAGUUGUUGUUGUCCUACUUCCUUUUCUUAUUGAUUUCCUUCAGGAUAUGCAUUUGAAAGAGUGAUUACUUUUGUUAUUAAGAUAAUAAUUGUUAAGAUAAUUAUACCAAUUAUCUAAUUAGAAUUAUCAUAUAAUACUAUUAUUUAGUUAUCAUAUAAUACAAACAUGAUAUGCCUUUGUCAUUGAUCGUCUAUCCUUGUGAUCGGAUAUGGAUUCGCCUUUAAUUAAUGAACAAAUUAGUCAGGGAAAAGGUUGAACCACAUGAUCAAGUAGAUAAUUUGUGUGUGUAUUUUUUAUGUCUUUAAUUAAUUAAUUAAUUAAAUCGAGACCACUAUCAUCUUUGUGGAUCAGUACCAAGCCAAAAUUUAGGCUUGCAAUUGUGCAUGGAUUGAUUGUGCUUGAACACGAUACCUUCUUUAUACUUUUAAGUAGAUAAAUUUUGUGUGUAUUUUUUUCAUUUAAAUACAAUUAUCCAAGUACAUUUUGAAUAUUUCUUAUUAGGAGCAAAUAAAAUUGGAAAGUAAUUUCUACAUAGAUUUUAAAUAAAUUAUACUGCUUCAGAGAGAAAGAUUAAAUAUUUUAUGUAUGCAUUAUAUGAAUAUAAAUGUGUUGGGACAUAGGGGAACAUGGCAUGCUUUGUCAUCGAGUGAUCGGAUAUAGAUUGGUCUUUAAUUGAUUAGCACAUUGGUUAAGGAAAAGCAUGAGCCACGUGAUGAUGUGUAGUCAAAAAAAAAAAAAAUGCAAUAAUAUUUGACGGUGCAACCUGCCCUACUUUUCUACCCAAAUUAAUUUAAUGAUAUAAAUAACAACAACCAACCAUAUCUCUCGCACAAUUCAUAAAAAAGAAAAAUAAAGGAAAAAGAAGCAAAACACUGGAAUAUAUUGUUGAUUUUGUUUUGGGCUGAACCAUUAAAAUUAAAAUUAGGAAAAUAAAACCUUGCAUUAAGGCUAAAUAUUUCAUUGAAAUUUUCUUUAUUGAUAAAAUAAUAAGAUUGGGUUUCCUUUGAAAUUUUUAUAUCCAUGAUACUUUGACCCUUUUUACUAUAAAAGAAGGUGAUUGACUUGGUUUUCAUUGAGUGAAAUACAAGGAGAUGAUGACAAAAUUCACAUAUAUCUUAUAUAGAUAGAUCAUAGAUGGGAUUCCCCCGGCAUGCCGUCUGAAGUAUUACUAAUGAAAGGUCAGGGGUUUCAGGUCCCAACUAUACGAACGAAAUGAUUUGAAUAAAUAAUUGCUAACAACAAAUACACGGCCAAAGAUUGUGCCAUUUGGAACAGGUCUCCUGCCAUGGAGACCACUGACACUUGGUCCAACUCCUACUACCCUCCCAUUUUUGGCCUGGGGACCGCCUCUCAUCAUUCGUCCCUUGUCAAAAUAAAAUUUUUAUUUUAUUCAAUAAUAGUUUUGGGUUGUUAGUUAUUUUUGAAUUUACUUAAACAAUGUUAUAAUUUAUAUUUAGAGGUAUUAUUUUAUAAUUUGGUAAAAUGUUUUAAUUCGUUGUUUUAAAAUUGACUCAACCGAUCAAAGUUGUUGGGUUUUCAAUUGAUUCGGUUGAGUAUAUUAAUUCAACUAAAUUUGACUUUUUUCAUAAAAUAAAUUCCAUUUUUUUUUAUUUUAAGAAUUUUAACACUGAACCAAUCCUUUGCACGCCACUAUCCUUAAGCAUAAGGAAAACUUUUUUGUCUCCUUUUACACUAAACGGAGCUUUAAUUCCAUGUAUUAAUUCACCCUGAAAUUUUGCAAAAUUCAAUGAACCUAGCUAAGGUAACCAUCACUUGAGUCUCAUGACUUAUAUAAAGAGUGAAAUUUGGCUUACGCCGCAACAACUCAACAAUGCCAUAAAGAAAGAGAAAGAAGACGAAGAAUGAGAAAUUAUAGGAGAUUAAUUCAGUAAUUAUCGUCAUUCAAUAUGUUAAUGUUCUUGUGUUACUGAAUAAUGGGUAGCCACUAAUUCCUUGAUUAACUGCAAAUCAAGGUCUGAUUUAAUUUAAGAGUCACAAUCAAGCUCAUGUACAAAAUAUAAGUUCAACGCCGCCCAGCCCACUACCGUUAUUAUUCCAUUCCAGCCGAAGGUAGUUGCUGCUGACCUUCGUUUCCUGCAACUGCUUUCAUCUUUCCUUCCCUCCCUCCCAAAACUAUAGGCUUCCAUUUUGUUCUCUUUCUUUCGUCUUCAUUGCUCUCUCUCCAUUUCUUUACAUUUUUGUAUGCACAGCCAUGAAGCAGGGCUCCAAGCACCAGCCAGAGAGAAGUUGGGCUGAAAUCUGCUGUUUUGGUUGCUCCUGCCUGCAGCUCUUUUGGCCUCGAGUUGUCAUGCGGAAAUUGCUUAACAUCACUGCCCAAGACUCCGAUUACAGCGCCGAUACCGAUGAUGAAGACGACAUUGGUUCUAACUCUGGAACCGAAGAAAUUUAUGAAUCGUGCAGAGAAUCAAGGUUUAGAGGGAACAGAGAUGAGGAACCUCAGCCUGAUCUAAAUGGCUUAGAUGGUCUUCCAAGGUUAAGGAGACGAAAGUCAGAGACUCUUAGGGCGCAAUACAUAAACACAAAGGAAAUAAGAGUAUGUGUUGGCACCUGGAAUGUUGGUGGAAAGGUUCCUCCUGAUGACCUAGAUAUUGAUGAUUGGAUAGAUAUCAAUGAGCCUGCUGACAUAUAUGUGCUUGGUCUGCAGGAGAUAGUACCAUUAAAUGCUGGGAAUAUUUUUGGUGCUGAAGAUAGCCGCCCAGUUCCAAAGUGGGAAAACAUCAUUCGUGAAACACUCAAUAGAAUACGACCUGCAACUACCAAAGUAAAAUGCUAUAGUGAUCCCACAUCUCCAUCAAAGUUUGAGCCAUUUGAUGAUGUCCCCAAUUUAGAAGAGGAGAUGAUUCUUGAAAGUGAUAGUGAUAUUGGUGAAGAAAUUCAUCCAUUAGAUGAAGAACCCAAUAGUUUUGAUGAAGUCAAUAAUUCAGCAGGAAAUAAAAGUGUGUUCACCAAUUCUGGGGUUUCAGACUGUGGUGGUGGUGCUAAACUUGAUGUGCCAGUAGAACAGGAUUUACAGAGGCAAGUUUCUUCUCCAAAGAGGUUAGAUAGAUUGAAUUGCUUGCGGAUGGAGGAUUGUGCUGAAAAUGUAGAAAGCCCAGUCAGUCAACAAAAUAGAAAAUUUACCAGAAUGCUUAGUGGGAUUGAACAAAAUGGAAAAUUAACCAGAAUGCUUAGUGGGACUGAAAGGAUUGGUUUGAGCUGGCCAGAGCCUCCACUAAACUUGCUAUCUCAGCAUGUUUUGGAGAGACCAAGUUCUUUCAAAUCGAUCAAGUCUUUUAGAGCAAGCAAGUCUUUUCAAACAUAUAGUUCCUUCAAGUCCAUGAACAACAUGGCAUCAGGGAUAGCUUUGCUUGCAGAACUUGACCUUGAAUCCCUCCUGAAGCGGAAAAAAAGAUCAUCAUAUGUAAGAAUAGUUAGUAAGCAGAUGGUAGGAAUUUUCCUCACUAUAUGGGUUCGUAGGAGUUUGCGCAGGCAUAUUCAGAAUUUGAAGGUAUCUACUGUUGGUGUUGGUGUUAUGGGCUACAUUGGUAACAAGGGAUCUAUAUCAGCCAGCAUGUCCAUAUAUCAAACGCAUUUUUGUUUUGUAUGCACUCACCUGACAUCAGGUGAAAAAGAUGGAGAUGAACUUAAAAGAAAUGCUGACGUGCAUGAAAUACUUAGAAGAACUCAUUUUCAUUCCCUUUCUGCUUUUGGACUUCCCAAAAGUAUUCAUGAUCAUGAAAGAAUAAUUUGGUUGGGUGAUCUAAAUUACCGUAUCAAUCUGUCAUAUGAGAAAACAUGUGCUUUCAUCUUCAAGAAGGAGUGGUCCAAGUUGAUUGAGAGUGACCAGCUUGUACGAGAGUUCCGCAAAGGUCGUACAUUUGAUGGAUGGUCUGAGGGUGCUUUAAAUUUUGCACCAACAUACAAAUAUGAGUUAAAUUCGGAGAAAUACUGUGGAGAAGAUCCCAAGGUUGGGAGGCGCACGCCUGCAUGGUGUGACCGCAUCCUUUCUUAUGGUAAAGGAAUGAGACAACUAAGUUAUAGGAGGACGGAGCUUCAACUUUCAGAUCAUCGGCCUGUUUCUGCCAUAUAUAUGGUUGACGUUGAGGAAUUUUGUUCGAGGAAACUACAGCGUGCUCUUACCUAUACCAAUGCUGAAAUUGAAAAUGAGGAAGUUGCAGCAGAGGAUAUUCAAUGUUGAUGGUUGGAAAGAGUCUGUUGAGUUGGAUCAGGAUAGGUUUGCUGGGAGAUCAUCAAGGGAGACUAAUCUAUGCCUGAGCCUUAGAGGCUGGGGGUGAGAGCUCCUACAACUGUUGAUAUUGCCUACAUCUUAGAUUCAUUCAUUUCAUUUUUUUUUGUAUUCUGUUACAAUAUUGUAUAUUGCUAUUAUUGUGUAAAUGCAUUAGCUCUAGGGUUUCACGACAUAGGUUAUAGAACAGCGCAGAUAAAAGUUAUAGUUGGGUUUGCAUGUAUGCAUACAGCAUUGGCGUUUGUAAAGUUUAUUGAACGUGCCCUUUUGCCACCACCUUUUGUUAGCCAAUAAAAGGUUGAUGUAAAGAUAUAGCCAAUGCAUGUUUUUUGUUGGUGGGGUUGCUAUUUUUUGGUUUAUGCCUUUUGGCAACACUACAUUCUUCUGUAUUAUUUGUAGAAUCUAUAUAUUGCUAUUUCUCUCUUU